AUGAGUGGAAGUAUCUUGCGUUUCGACAAGGCACUCGAAGAAGAGCAUAAGCUUUUCCUUCUCAAAAACUCGCUAUCAAUUCCUGCAGAAUAUAUUCGUAGUUUAGGGCCACUCCAGGAGCCACCUCUUAAAUAUCCGAAGGUUCCCCAUUUUGUGAUGAAAGAAAGAUUAACAACAGAUUCAGAUGCCUACGUCUUAAUAAAGCGAGAUUCGCAGGGAGAGACUAAGCUGAACCAAAACGGUUCCCCAAUUGGCAGCCGGAAUUUUUUAUUCACUUCUUUUUCCUUUCCCAAAGGACCAUCUACCAUGUACGCAUUGGUGAGAGAUGUCAUGGCUGCACUGGGAAUAAGCUCUGGUGUGGAAAACUUCUUCGAACAAAACUCCUCGUUGUAUCCUAACAAGUUAUCUGCGGAUCAAGAGGAAUUUUUGAGAGCACACAAGGUAUUAGACCAUGUUGCGCCAGAUGAACGCUACUUUGUGACGACUCGGUCAGUAUUUAUGCUAUUCGGUGCACAAGUUAUUGUUGCUGGUACUCGCGUUGUUGAUGACUAUUGGGAGCUUUCCGCGAGAGAACAAGGUUUUGGACCUCACCAUCGAGUGUUUUCUGUUCCCCAAAAGAUACUCACGCUGGUGAAAGCACUGUCCAUGAACUCAGAUGUGACGAAGCCCGAAGAAGUACAGGCAAGUAGUGGCAUGGUUUGGGAAAACCCUCUGCUGACUGUUUCUGAGCAGCCAUCGGAAGAUUUGCGCAACGAGUACGGGAAAGCUUUCUGGGGUGGUGAACAUUUGGCCAUGAUCGUUGCAGGGCAAAACAUAUCGGGAUCCGUGGAGCUAAGUGCGCAUUAUAAAAUGCCCAAAUAUCAUAGCAGGACCAUUUCGCAAUUGGCGUCGCAAAACGGUGCUCAGGAUACGCCAAUAGGUGAAUUAGCGCCAACGAACCUCGUCACCGUCGGGGCGAGCGAGACUGUAAGUAAGUCUAGCAAACGUUUGCUCAACGAGAUUUUGGAGCCUAGCUCAGAAACGAGGUUUGCUAAAGGCGGAAUCACCCAAGCGCUCAUCCCAGAUGAUCAUCACGAUGCUUCUCUGAAUAUCAAUGGCUUCAAAUUUGACGCCUUGCCCUUGAAAAUAUCUGGUAAUAAAGACCAAAGCUAUUCUCUGAGGGGUUUGCCCUUGUAUGAUAAGAAUAAAUUACAAAGGAGACUUCUGAGACUGACCCCGAAUCAGGUCGUCACUUUGGAGCAUGAGCACGAUGCCGUCUUUCUAACGACUGGGCUUCAAAGUGCUCGCGAGGGAAGAAGUAUCAGAUGGCGCAAAUACUGGCAGCAUAAGGCUGGAUUACCGGUUGGUCUCAGGCGGAAGGAUGAGACAAAAGCUUUGAAAGAUUUCUUUGAUGAGGAGCUCUCCAAAGUUGAUAAGGAAAUUAGUUAUAAUGACAUGCGUCAAAUGGAAGAGGUACGCACAACUAAGCGCGUACCUAACGCGAACUUCCUUGGGCAUUCUAACAUUACAGGGCUUAAACCACCUUAUGUAAAUAAUAACUAA